AUGGCACUGUCACACUACAGCCAUUUGGAGCAGCAGGGGUAUGGUGUCUGUCUCUCUUUCUGCGUCUCUUCUGUGAGUUUCCAGCAAAAAACAAAAGCUAAAGACAUUGACAGAGUGGACAAAUGGGCUCUCACCGACAUGAGGAGGGCACACACGGUACAAACGGUACCGUUUAUACUGUCACCGAUUCUAUUUCCGCGUUAAAGGUGGAGACUUGAAGUGGGGCAGGCCUGCUGUGUUACGUUUGGGGAAGUUGCUCAAUAUCGGGAAGACACAUUUUACUCCACUGUGAGCUAAAUACCACUUUGCUAACGUCCUGCUUUCAUGGGUGCACCCAACGGCGGAGAUAAACACCGGUAACGGCGCUGUAGGUCGAUACGCCAUGACAGUAUGACGGCCAGAUAAAACACAAACUCAGCUUGUGUCAGUUUUUCGUCGUAUCAUGAAUAAUUCAGUAACUUCCGCUACUUACAUCCGCCGCCUCAGUUAUAGCUCACUUCGCAAGUUGUCCGACUUUCUGGACCCUCAAGACAGGUGGAGGGAUGUUAUUGUGUCCAUACGGAAGCCGAAUGGGGAGCUGAGGUACUCCCAGCAUCAUGUCAGGAGGUUUGAAGGCGUUGUUGCACAGGGUAAAAGUCCCACAGUGGAGCUGCUGGCUGACUGGGGGACCUCCAACAGCACAGUGGGAGAACUGGUGGACAUUUUGAAGAGUCACAAGUUACUGGCUGCUGCUAGUGUCCUGCUGCCUGUUGAAGAAGCCGUCACACCAGUGCAACAGCUGGCCUCACCACCAGCAGCAAAACCAAACAGCUCCCUUCCAACUAGACUGGUGGGAGAGACAGAGACGCAGCCACCAGCCGACAGCCCUCAUCUGCAGCCACAGAUUCUGCUGGAGAGCAGUGAACCAGGUUUCUCCAGUUUCCUGUACAAUGAGCUGAUGAAGAUUACAGGCAACUUUGAUGACCGUCCCAUAUCAGACGGCGGCUGCAGAAUCGGCGAGGGAGGCUUCGGCACAGUGUACCGAGGCCUCCUUAAUGACAAACCUGUUGCUGUGAAAAAGCUCAAUGCAAUGGAAGACGUCUCCCUGGACGAGCUGCGAGUUCAGUUCAACCAAGAGAUCCAGACUCUGAAAGUGUUAAAGCACGAGAACCUGGUUGACAUGGUUGGAUUUUCCUCCGAUGGACAGCACCCGUGUUUGGUGUAUGACCUCAUGGCCAAUGGUUCUUUGCUGGACCGGCUAGCUUGCUUGGAGGGAAGCCCUCCCCUGUCCUGGCGACGGAGAUGCUUGAUAGCUGAAGGGACAGCAAGAGGCUUGGAGUAUCUACACAGCAACCAUCAUGUCCACAGAGAUGUUAAAAGUGCAAACAUCCUAUUGGAUGCAGAAUUUGUGGCAAAGAUCUCAGACUUUGGGCUGACGAGAGCAUCGGCCAAGCGCACGUCAACAACCAUGAUGACGGAGAGAGUUGUGGGUACCCGUGCGUACAUGGCACCUGAGGCGCUCAGAGGAGAGAUCACACCAAAGUCGGACGUCUUUAGCUUUGGAGUGGUGUUGUUGGAAAUAUUGUCUGGACUCCGGCCAGCCGAUGAAAACCGCGAGCCUCAGUUCUUGAUGGAGAUGAGGUACGAUAUAGAUGAUGAAGAUGAAGAGCUGACUCUUGAGGACUUCCUGGACAAAAAGAUGAGCGACUGGGAGCUGAGCCAGGUGGAGAGCAUCUACUCUUUGGCCUCUAACUGCCUCCACGACAGGAAAAACAGACGGCCAGUCAUUAAACAGGUGCUGCUGGAGCUUAAAGGAGUUGUCAAAAGUAUUUCACUGGAUUUUGAGGCACAGGAGUGACGUUACAAGAGAAGAUACAAGAUUUCUGAGCCUCCUCCAGACACGGUGCACACACACUGACAUUCAUUCUCUUCUAAAGAAAUAAUGUAAUAUAUCGACUGUCUGACAAAAAAAGCAUAUUUUUCUGCGUAUUUUACAUUAUUUACUGUAUUUUUUAAAUUCUGAAAAUACUAUCGCUUAGUUUUUAGUUUUUCUACAGCAUUUUUGUGAGGUUUUGAAAGCAGUUAUUUGUCAUGUCUUUAUUGUGAAAGAAUAAAAUGACUGAAACAGAAAA